AUGUUUGACAACGUUCAUCCGUUAACAAAUAAUACAACUAUUGCUUCUACUAUUGUACAACAAAAUAAUUAUUUAACUUAUUACUUUGUUCCAUUUUAUGCAAUACUCUUUUUUCUUGGUACAUUUGGUAAUGGUCUUGUUAUCAUUAGUAUUCUUCGUUCAUCACGUCUUCGAACAGUGACCAAUACUUAUUUACUUAAUAUAGCUAUUGCAGAUUUUGUUCUACUUAUGAGUGUACCAUUUCUUAUUGUUACUAUACUUGCUAAUGGAUGGAUAUUUGGAAAUAUUUUGUGUAAAAUGUAUUAUAAUUUAAUUCAUAUUAAUCAAUAUGUUAGUUCACUUUUAUUGGCUGCUUUAUCAUUUGAUCGAUAUCUGGCUGUAUGCCAUCCAGUUCGAGCUAUUGAAUUUCGAACAAGAACAAAAUGUGUAAUAAUUAUUAGUGGUAUGCUAAUAAAACAUAUUACAAAUCAUUUUCAUGUUUUUUUUUCGAUAUUAUUUCAUUUAGCUUGUUGGUUUAUAUCCAUUCUAUUUCUUUGCCCAACAUGGGUAUUUGCAACUGUUACAUCUGAACAAUACGUGAUCUGGUUUGGUUAUCGAGUGCAAAAGUGUGUUAUUGAUUUUCCAGCAAUUAUAUUUCGAAUUCCUCCUGAAAUAGUUUUUACUUAUUAUGGAUUUUUACUUGGAUUUCUUAUUCCUGUAUCUAUGAUAACAACAUUUUAUAUACUUGUUCUUAUACGUCUUAAUAGUAUACGUCAAAAACAUAAAUCUGGAAUAAAACAACGUUCACAUCGUAAAGUAACACGAAUUGUUCUUGCUGUUAUAACAGCUUAUUUUAUAUGUUGGGUACCAUAUUGGUUUUUACAAAUAUUUAUCACUAUUGAUCCAUUAAUACAUUCAUUGCGUUUACAUUUUUCUAUAUUACCAGCUAAUUCAAAUAUGCCUUUUCUUAAAGAAUUAACGCAUUUGACAACAAUUUUUGGUUAUGCUAAUAAUUGUCUUAAUCCAGUUUUAUAUGUUUUUUUAUCAGACUCAUUUCGUGAAGAAUAUUUAAUUCUACUUAAAUGUUUUAAUCCUGGUGGAAUAUUUAUAGAACAUACAUUACAUAAUGAAAAUGUACAAAAAUGUUCUCAUAAACAUCAACUAGGUCGACAGUCAUCACUUCAACUUGGUAAUCGUCAAGAAAUAGCUAAAAAGAAUCUUAAACAUAGUGUAGCUAUUGAUGAAAUACCUUCAAAUUAUGGAUCAUUUCCAUUUUUUUUAAAUCGUGGUAAUGAUCAUCAACAUUUCUCACAUUCAUCAUCUUCAUUAAGAGUUAAUGAAUUUGAAAGACAUCAUAAUGAAAAUACAACAACAUCUAAAAGCACUUUACUUCAAUGUCCAAAUAAUGAUAAAAAAAAAAUGUUAAUGGUUAAUUUAUCUUUAACUUUCACUCAUGCUACUACUAAAAUUGUUGAUGACGGUGGUGUCUAUUGUGGUGAUUAG